UUUCUGGCAUCUUGGGAUUGAAACAACAAGUUGAAAUGUCUGAUCAUCUUUUAUAUUAUCGCUAAUCUCGCUCCCCUAAAAAGGGGUAAAACGUCUAGUUGCCUUCUCUUCAUCAACUCAGCAUGGCUGACCCUGCGACGAUCAUCUCGAUUAUCAAUGGCAGCCUCGGCCUUGCCGUCAAAGUCGGCACCGUCGCCAACGACCUUUACACUUUAUCCAAGCGCUUGAAGUAUGCUGAACUGACCCUCGAAUCUGUCGCUUCAGAGUGCGAGGUGAUUCAAACAGCAUGGGAAGGCAUCCAAACGUGGGCUAAGAAGCAGCCUGCUCGGCAGGACGAAGGACAACAAAAGCUGUUCGAUCGACUAAACAGGUCUUUACUGUUUGGUACGAUGGUAUUUAGCAAGCUGGAGGACGAUCUGAAGGAGUUUACAGCCGGGCAACAAAGUCCAAGCUUCUUUAGACGAGGCAAAGUGGUAUGGAAUGAAGCGUCUUUUGCACAACAUCAGGAUCGAAUACGGGGCCAAGUUGCUGCUAUGACGCUGUUGCUGCAGGUCAUAAAUCUACCCACUACUCGGGAACAGGAGGAAUUGCUCGUAAAGGAGACCGAGACUCUUAGAGAAACAGAUGAGAGCGCCUGGACGAUCAUUGAUUGUGGUAAUACAUCCUCUUUCAGAUAUUCUGAUAGCCAGAUUACUCGGAGAAGCAUCGACAGCGCCCCAGCAGUUUAUGUCAGAUUUGAUUUUGAGGCUGAACUAUUCUCGGGAAGGGUGUACGCCAGAAAUCUCGACAAAUUGAAACAAGACGACACCACGAACCAGGGUAAACAACCCAUACGCAAUGCUCGUGCAGAGUUGGUCGUUCAUAGAGAAUAUCAAGUGGACCACGAGGAUCAAGCCACAAUUUUUUCCGUGUCCCGGUUCGAAGAUCCCAAUUCUGGUAUCCUGUUAGAUAAAAUGAUUUCGCGACCUCAAACCUUCGUUAAUCAAAUGAUACAUUAUCCCAAGCAGAACAACCGUAGGGAGCCCCCAAGGACUUCGCUUCAUGCUAAACAGCUAGCAGAGAGCAGAGCAAAAAGGAACAGCAUAGACAUGAGCACAUCUAGGACCAACGUCGGAAAAUAUACAGGGGAGCCCUUGUCACCAUUUUCAAUGAGCUCUUUUGGGUCUUUUACUGAGGAUAAUGAGCUUCGGCUACUGCGAGAACGACAUUGGUGGCGUGAGCCGACACGGAACGAUGUGGGCCAGACGGAUAUGCAAAAAUCUACAGAAACUAUGGAUAUUGCGACGCGCUAUACCUCAGUCAAUAGCACAUUCGUUUGGAAGAACACCUUCGCAUUUACAAUUGUCCAUACAGAACUAGGAUCUAGUGCACAGUACAUAGCUCCAGUUCAAACGUUCAACUACGACUUAGAGACAUUGGGACAGUUUGCAUUCAGCUUCUUCGAAUCAAAAAACUUUUCAGGAAGCUUCUUCAAGUCAGGUGAAGAACAGUCGAAUUCGCUCAAUAUCACCGCUCAACUGGAAGGCGAAAUAGCGAAAGAAUUCCUAGAAGGAGCUCUCACAUAUCUCUUGGACAAAGCUGCAGAGUAUUUGAAGCUAGAUGGAGGGGUAGAAACGAGGAUCAGAAAAGACAAAGAAAAGGAUUACAUCAUAUCCAAGUACGACAAAAUGCUCCGGCGAGCGAAGUCUUGAAAAAAAUAUAUACACGCACACAACAAUAGCAAGUUACCAC